GUCCUAACGUUGUGCAGCCAUACUGGUAAAACACAGAAGUCUUCUGAGGGUUUGUUUGUUUUAUGCACCUCCAGCCUCAUAGCUGAUUAUUAUUGCUGCUCAGUGAAUAAACACGUGAAGACAUAUUGACAGUGAUAGGAGUCCCAACAGUUUGAGAAAGUGUAUAACUUUGUGCAUAAACUCUACUCACAUUGAAGAGAGUCAUGAGUGCACUCUUCGCCUGUGAGGAACCCGCUGCGUGGAGGAGAGUGUAUGAGAAGUACUGGGAAGUAGUGGAAGCUAAAUCCAAAGCCAAAAAACCUGGAAAGCUGCUGAACCUUGAAAAGUGGUACCACGAGGAGCUGCCCGCACUCAUUUCAGGCCGAUCUGACAAACACGUCAAUCUGUCAGAGUUGGUGAAACUAAUGGAGUGGAAGCUCACUAGAGGGAAGUUCAGGCCGAGGCUGCAGCAGCUGGUGGCUUCCAACGGUGAGGAAACUGUAGAGGAAUGUUCCAGAAAAGCCUUCAGCCUCCUGCCUGAUGUGCAAGCAGCGAUUGCAGAGCUCAGCUCCCUAAAAGGAGUCGGGCCAGCCACCGCUUCAGCUGUGUUGGCGGCAGGAGCUCCAGCACAGACCGCGUUCAUGUCCGAUGAAGCCAUGGAGAGCAUCCCAGGACUGAAGCCCAUCCAAUACACAGCCAAACAUUAUGCUCUGUUCCUGGACAAGAUGGUUGAGCGUACCAAAAAACUAAACAAAGUGGAUCCCCAGCAGGACUGGACACCCCACAGGCUGGAGCUGUGUUUGUGGGCGAUGACCAUAGCUGCUCAGCAGCAGCUCCCGUUUGUAAAGGAUGUUGAUGUGAAAGAAAGAGGUGCAGACUCCGACACGGACCAGAGACCAACAAAGAGAAUCAAAACAAGAUAAAAAUCCUAUUUUUCUUUAAAUUUACAAUGUGAAUGUUU